AAAAGUUACGUAUAGCACCUUUAAGGAAAAAAAAAAGUCAAAGUGAACAGAUGUCCUCCUUCAUGGUUUGGGUGUAAUUGGCUUGGCUCCACCCGCUGCCCUCUAAACCCAUUAAAGCUCUUUAGGUCCGACAUUUUUGCCUCUGAGUCAGAGCAAGAUGAGCUUCGGAGACCGACACACCGUGUCGUCCUACCGCAAGAUCUUCGGAGAUUCUGCCCGCUUCCCGACCUCUGCCUCCCGCAUGGGCAGCGCGGCUCCUCGGCCCUUCCCAGGGCCCAGAGCCACGACCGCUCCCCGCCACGGCGCAUCCUCUGCAGGGAUGUACAGACGCAUCGGGCGGUCCUCCGCUCCGUUCUCUCUAGUUCCGACCGGUUCUUUCGAUUUGAGCCAAACCUCUGUGGUCAACAAUGAAUUCAAAGUGAUCAGAACCAACGAGAAGGAGCAGCUGCAGGGUCUGAAUGACCGCUUCGCCAUGUUCAUCGAUAAAGUCCGGCAUCUGGAGCAGCAGAACAAAGUCCUGGAGACGGAGCUGGUGAGCCUCCGGCAGAAACACGGCGAGCCUUCCCGCGUCGGGCUUCUCUACCAGGAGGAGAUGAGAGACCUGCGCUGCCAGCUGGACGAGCUGAACCGGGACAAGAACCAAAUCCUGAUCGAGAGGAACAACAUGGAGGACGAGCUGCAGAAGCUGAGCAUAAAGUUCGAUGAAGAGGCGAGGGUGCGGGAGGAAGCCGAGCAAACCCUGCGGUCCUUCAGGAAGGAUGUGGACGACGCGGCGGUGGUCCGCCUGGACCUGGAGCGGCGCGUCGAGUCGCUGUCGGAUGAAAUCUCUUUCCUGAAAAAGGUGCAUGAAGAGGAAAUCGAGGAGCUGAGCAACAUGAUGGAGGCACAGCAGGUCUCCGUGGAGAUAGAGCUCGCCAAACCGGACCUCACCUCGGCUCUGAAGGAGAUCCGCAGCCAAUACGAGUCCAUUGCCUCCAAAAACCUGCAGUCGGCCGAGGAGUGGUACAAGAGCAAGUUCGCGAGCCUGAGCGAGCAGGCGAGCCGGAGCAACGAGGCGAUGAGGGCCAGCAGGGAAGAGAUCAACGAGUUCAGGAGGCAGCUGCAGUCCAAGACGGUGGAGAUAGAGACCCUGAGGGGCGCCAACGAGUCUCUGGAGCGGCAGAUAGGCGAGAUGGAGGACACGCACAAUGCCGAGGUCACAGCCAUGCAGGACACCAUUAGCCACCUGGACACGGAGUUGAGGAACCUGAAGAGUGAGAUGGCUCAGCACCUGAGGGAAUACCAAGACCUGCUCAAUGUCAAGAUGGCUCUGGAUAUCGAGAUUGCCGCUUACAGAAAACUAUUGGAGGGAGAGGAGACCCACUUCAACUCUGGGAUGUCGUUCGGCACGGCUAGCUACAGCUACCAAGCUCGAAGCUCGACCGAAUCGUACAAAAGCAGCCAGAGGGAGAAAGGAGGAGCCAUGAAGGAAAGCUUCAAGGGCAUCAGCGAGGACAAAGAAGAGGCAGACAUCAACUCCAACAACUGA